AUGAUUAACAAUAUGCAGCUAUGGCGUUUCCAGUACAUGUGCUGGUGCUUGACUGAAAGUGGGGGCAAGCUUCCGGAGCUGUCAAAAUGCGGCUACAGCCAACCAACCCAGAAAUUAUUUCCGGCUCAGUUUCUCAACCACCACGUUCUCAUUUUCUUCAACUUUAAGUCGCAUCAUAUGUAAAAUACUAAGGCGUAAUCAUCUGGCAUACGCUCAUCAUAACCAUGGCGUUCAGAGCUCCGCCCAGAGCUCUCCAGGCUUCCCUUCGCAAAUCCUCAACCCCAGCUCCAUGUCUCCGAGCUGCCGCCAGACACACGCAAGUACGAUGGGAAUCGACAGAAAAGAAGCCAGCUGGAUCUGGGGAGACACUGGGUCGUACAUUCAAGGGCCAAUUGUAUGAGAGCGCGGCUGGGAGACUGGAGCGUGAGAGAGCAGAACAGGCGCGUUUCUCGAAGCAAAGGAACGAGGGCGCUGGUGGGCGCAAUUCGGCGCUGACUUUUGUUAUUAUUGCUACAGCCCUUGGAGGAUACUACUUUGGGAGCCGGAGUGCCCCAAAGCUCUCGACAGCAUCUACGAUCCCUCUUUCAGCGACCACUCCUCCCAAACACGAUGUAUCCGGUUCGAAUAUGGAAGCUGCUUGGGCAGACUUUGUAGAGAUUGUAGGCAAGGAACAUGUUUCUACCUUGGAGGCGGAUCUGGAGCAUCAUGCUGGCAGUGACUGGAGCUCGCACAUUGGGGGCGAUUCAGAGCGGCCUUUCUUGGUCGUAUACCCAUCCAGUACGGAGGAGGUCAGUGCCAUCAUGAAGGUGUGUCAUAAGAGACGGAUACCAGUUACCGGAUAUAGUGGCGGUACAAGUCUAGAAGGGCAUUUCGCUCCUACCAGAGGAGGUAUUUGCGUCGAUUUCGGUCGUAUGGACCAAAUUCUGAAGCUGCACAAAGAAGACAUGGAUGUUGUAGUUCAACCUGCAGUGGGGUGGGAACGUCUGAAUGAGGAGUUAGCCCAGGAUAACCUGUUCUUCCCUCCGGAUCCAGGGCCAGGUGCGAUGAUUGGGGGUAUGGUCGGAACUGGAUGCAGUGGCACGAAUGCCUACCGAUAUGGAACGAUGCGAGAAUGGGUAUUGAGCUUGACUGUAGUGCUCGCGGAUGGAACCGUCAUCAAGACCAGACAGCGACCCAGGAAAAGCAGCGCCGGAUAUGACCUCACCAAAAUGUUUAUUGGAAGUGAAGGAACUCUAGGACUGGUCACAGAAGCUGUUUUAAAGGUCACAACGAAGCCAAAUACUACCUCUGUUGCUGUGUGCAGCUUUGGGAGUGUAAGACAGGCAGCAGACUGUGUGGCCAAGGUUGUCAGCGAAGGAGUUCCGAUUGCCGCCAUUGAAAUUCUGGAUGAUGUGCAGAUGAAGUGCGUCAACGCUUCAAAGAUGACGGAUCGAACGUGGACAGAAGCACCAACUCUUUUCUUCAAGUUCGCAGGCACUCCAUCUGCAGUAAAGGAGCAGGUUGGUAUAGUCCAAAAGUUGGCCAAGGGAACUGGAAGCAAGACUUUUGAAUUUGCAAAGACAGCAGAGGAGCAGACUGAUCUCUGGGGCGCGAGGAAAGCCGCCCUUUGGUCUGUGAUGGCUAUGCGUGAGAACGAGUCUGAUCAUGUCUGGACGGGCGAUGUUGCCGUUCCUAUUAGUAGGUUGCCAGAUAUUGUCGAGGAGACCAAGGCAGAUCUUAGCAGGAGCGGAUUGUUCGCAGCAAUUGUUGGGCAUGUCGGAGAUGGUAACUUCCACACCAUUAUGUUAUACAACGACUCUCAACGGCAAAAGGCCGAGGAAGUUGUACAUCGCAUGGUCAAGAGAGCUGUGGAGAUGGAAGGAACUGUUACGGGUGAGCAUGGCGUUGGACUGGUAAAGAGAGACUAUCUCAACCACGAGUUGGGAGAGACAACCGUUGACGCGAUGAGAAAGCUCAAAUUGGCUUUCGACCCUCUCUGUCUGUUGAACUGCGACAAGGUUGUAAGAGUACAGAAACCCAAGCCUGGAGAGGUAUCAGAAUGGUAGAUAUGAUUGUAGUUGAUUCACUCGAUCUAAUCGAGAGUACCAUAUCUUUGACGCUAAUCCUCCUUUUCCUUGUUUGAAUUCCUGCGUAUGUGUUUCAUACACACCGAGCACUGCUUUACAGCAUUUAGAACCACAACCUAAAGCGUCAAGUGCUGUCCAUGUCUUGGUAGCUAGCAGUCUUCCUUUGUGGCCCCCUUGCUCAAUAUACCUGUUAAUUCUACUUGCCAGCCAUGAAGUAAGAUUGUCAUGAAGAACAUCUUUCGAACUAGGCGGCUCAGGCUGGCUAGACCGCUCAGUGUUCUCAUCAAAAAGAAUUUCGGUGAUGUGGGUUACAGGAGGUCACGUCACUUGGCCCAUGGAAGCAAUACGGCGAUCAUCAAAUUUUCCGUCCAAUAGUGGCGUUGUUUCUUGCUGGAAGGCCGACGAAGUAGAGUUUAACAGGUGCUAGGAUUAUAGCUCACUAUUAGAUCGUCGAAAAAGGAGUUGUGCGUCUAGAAAGGGCCAUGGGACAGAUUGUUGGCAAGAAAACCUACGAUUAUUAUCCAGCAGGAACAGUCACUGCAAGUAGAAGUACGGAUGCUGUCAUGACCACUGCAUGUCUAUUAUGUGUGGGAUUGCUGGCAGAUUCCUCUAAACUUUUCAUGGUGAAAGAUUCUGUUAAUCAUAAAGUCCUGAAAAGCAAGUGUUGCGCCUAGAUUGUUGUUUAGAGCGUCCUCGCUUAUGACAGUCCAGAAGCGAGGCCUGGAGGCAACCAUGAUACAGGAACAGAUAUUACCACUGAAAUGUCCUUUCAACCUACCUCAGUUUCAAAAGACUUCGUUAGCUUUUCGGGAGCAGCGGAGUUUCUCCUUUAAUUCGAUCAAUAAUUGAAACAUGGGAAUUCCUAAGAUGAUGUGCUACAUAUCUAGGUGAUUACGUAGAGUCAAAUGUUCCAUCCGCUACCGCAACAGAGUUCUGCCCGGGAAGCAAAACCUAACAACCCCCAGUCCCAAAAGAACCUUUCAACAACGUCUUAACUUGAGGCUGAGUAGAUGAAUCCAACGCUACAAAUCGAGUUUAGGGGCUCGGAAUGGAGAGCU